GCGUAUCGCUCCUCAACGCUCUCCAUUUGACGCCGGCGAGGCACACUGCACACGGCAAAAAACGAUGCCGCCCGCCCUCCUCCAAAUCACGGGCGACACACUGCGCUACUGGCGCGCGUUCGCGUACUACGCGCGGGGCGGCGCCUUCGCGGGCUCGCACGAGAAAUUCUUCGACGGCGACCGGCGACAGGCCUGCCACGUCUUUGGCGCGGCAUUGGCUAUUAGAAUGUGGCACCGGCCGCACUACCGCACGACGAGCUAUGCCGCGGAUUUGCGGGCCAAUCUGUCCAAUGUUGCUGUCCCGGGCACGGGCAUGGCGCUUAGCAAAGUCUGCGUCAUGCGACCGGUCGCGGUCGGGUUCUUGCUCAUCGGCGCGCCGUGCUGGAGCUUUGUGGCGGCAGUAGCCAAGGCCAAGCGCGACACGGGCUCCUACUUCUCCCUCAGAAAAAUCGCGGAGAACUACAGGGAACAACUCCUCAAGCCGCGCGACUGGUUCUCGCUCUGGCGGACCAAUAGCCGGCUGGCGGCGUGGCACUCGCUCUGCGUCAAAAAGGAGACGCAGGGAUGGGGCGACUACGACAUGGAGAACAAGUGGGCCUUCAUCGAGAAGGGUCGCAACAAAGGAGUGGCCGUGUCGCCCGUCCUGGAGACGCCGGCUUUAUGUAUUAAACAUAAAAACGAGGAGGGCGGCAUGGGCAUCCACUUCUUCCGGAACGCGCUCGAGGGCGGCGACUGGAUCCUGCAGGAGGUGAUGCAGAACGAAGCGUUCGUGGCUGGUCUGUUACCGGAGAAUGCGCCGCUGUCGACGUUCCGCGUGAUGACCGCGUCGCGGCUCGGCCUCUCAUCGAAAGAGAACAGCAUCGAGGCUAUCUCGUGCGUGUUCAGAGCGGGGCGCAAAGGCGCCGCGACGGACCACGACUCCAUCCUGUUUGAUGUAGAUGUCAAGACGGGGAAGAUCGGCCGCGGCACGACGAACAUGCAGUGGUAUCGACUAGGUCUGAGAAACUGCCUGAUCGGCGGCGUGCGGUGGGCCCCACCGCCGGACAUCCUGGACCACCCGGACUGCCCGGGCAAACGCGUUACUGGUGCUACUGUUCCUGAUUUUCAGAAACGAGUGGCGGCUUUGGCCACAGAAGCGCACCGGAAGUUAUUACCUACCGUACCCCUGGCAGGGUGGGACGUGGUUCUGUCAAAGGACCACGGCGCAUGCCUACUCGAGGUCAACCUCUCGUGCAACUUCUUCCGGGGUUCAUUUGAUGAGGAGAAGUACGUCGAGUUCAUCGGGGACUACUUCGAGGACUGCGACACGCGCAGAGCGCUCUAAGUAUAGAUAAAAC